CACACAAAUACAACAGUAAAUCGAUUACAACAACUACUUAACGUCAAGUUAAAGGAGAGACAACUGUCAGACGGCACUGCCAACUAUUAAAGCACGCCCACACAUAUACAGACAGCAGCUAAACAGAGCCACGACUUCCAAACAAUAACACAAAUCGAACGCACAAUGAAAAACGACGUCGUGCGAUGGAGCAGCAAGCAGCCAAGUAUCAGCAAGAACAAAAACAACAACAGGUUUCAGAAUGGCGGCAGUGCAUGCAACAAGACACAGCAAGAAGCACGUUGCUCAAGCUUAUGUAAAAGCAAAAGUAGCGCAAAGUCUGGCCAACAUAUUGCUAGGAAAGAAACUUGUCAACAAAAGAAUGUUGUCAGAACAAUUUGCCUGUGGAAAGGGGCGGAGCAACGACAGCAACAAACAAUCAUUGAAUGUGAUAUAGCAAAUGACAAUUUCAAUUGCAAUUUAUUUAAAGCUAGUUUUUUAACGCAAUACAAAAAGAAACCUAAUCGCAGCCGAAAUUUAAAGACGCCCUCAGCGUCGCUUUCACUUUCGCCAACGUCCUCAUCGGCAUCGACUACAUUGUUGCUGCUUUUGCAAUUUAGUAUUGUAGCUUUUUUAUGUAAUUUUAAUGUCGGUUUCGCGUCUGCUAGUGUGGCACCCAAAGUGGACCCCAGCCAUGGCCAAUCGCCAUUGCUGCCCUACGUACUCGACUAUGAAACGGGCACAGCCAAUAACGCCAACAGCGCCCAGUUGAAAUCAUCUCCCAGUCGUUCACCAGGCCAAGAUGCUGGCCACUUCACCCAUACCUGGGCGGUGCAUAUACCAAACGGCGAUAAAAACGGCAUUGCCGAUGCUGUUGCCAAAGAACAUGGUUUCGUCAACUUGGGCAAGAUCUUUGAUGAUCACUAUCACUUUGCCCAUCACAAGGUGUCGAAGCGUUCACUAACACCCGCCUCACAUCAUCAGACGCAUCUAGACUUGGAUGAUCGCGUUCACUGGGCUAAGCAGCAGCGAGCGAAAUCACGUUCCAAGCGUGACUUUAUACGCAUGCGUCCAUCGCGCACUUCAUCGCGUGCCACUUCGUUAGUGGAUGCGGUACCAUUUAACGAUCCAAAAUGGCCACAAAUGUGGUAUCUGAAUCGGGGAGGUGGGCUGGACAUGAAUGUGAUACCUGCCUGGAAGCAGGGCAUAACAGGCAAAGGCGUAGUAGUCACCAUACUAGAUGAUGGACUGGAAUCGGAUCAUCCAGAUAUUGAAGAGAACUAUGAUCCAAAAGCAUCGUACGACGUGAACAGCCACGACGAUAACCCGAUGCCGCAUUACGAUAUGACGGACUCUAAUCGUCAUGGUACACGAUGUGCGGGCGAAGUGGCUGCAACGGCCAACAACACAUUCUGUGCUGUGGGCAUUGCGUAUGGGGCAAGUGUGGGCGGUGUACGGAUGCUAGAUGGUGAUGUGACUGAUGCUGUGGAGGCGCGUUCGCUCUCGCUCAAUCCGCAGCACAUCGAUAUCUACAGCGCAUCGUGGGGACCCGACGACGACGGCAAAACAGUUGACGGACCCGGUGAGCUGGCGUCUCGUGCGUUUAUCGAGGGCACGACAAAGGGACGGGGUGGCAAGGGUAGCAUUUUUAUCUGGGCAUCGGGUAAUGGAGGUCGUGAAAUGGACAAUUGCAAUUGCGAUGGAUACACGAAUUCGAUAUGGACGUUGUCCAUAUCGAGCGCCACUGAGGAGGGUCAUGUGCCCUGGUACUCGGAGAAAUGCAGCUCCACGCUGGCCACCACCUACAGCAGCGGCGGGCAGAGCGAGAAGCAGGUGGUCACCACAGAUUUGCAUCAUUCAUGCACCGUAUCGCAUACGGGCACCUCAGCCUCGGCACCGCUCGCCGCAGGCAUUGCAGCUCUAGUGCUGCAGUCGAACCAGAAUCUCACCUGGCGCGAUCUGCAGCACAUUGUGGUGCGCACCGCCAAGCCGGCCAAUCUCAAGGAUUCCAGCUGGUCGCGCAACGGUGUGGGCCGACGUGUGAGUCACUCCUUUGGCUAUGGUCUCAUGGACGCUGCCGAAAUGGUGCGCGUCGCCCGCACCUGGAAAACGGUACCCGAGCAACAGCGCUGUGAAAUAAAUGCUCCACAUGUGGAUAAAGUCAUUCCGCCGCGCACUCACAUUACGCUGCAACUGUCCGUCAAUCAUUGCCUCUCCGUUAAUUAUCUAGAGCAUGUGCAGGCGAAGAUAACGCUCACCUCUCAGCGUCGCGGAGAUAUUCAGCUCUACCUAAAAUCACCGGCAAAUACCAAAGUAACGUUACUUACAUCCCGUGUUCAUGACAAUUCACGCUCGGGCUUCAAUCAAUGGCCCUUCAUGUCUGUGCACACCUGGGGCGAAUCACCGCAUGGAAAUUGGCAGUUGGAAAUACACAACGAGGGUCGUUACAUGGGACACGCCUUAUUGCGCGAGUGGUCGCUGAUAUUUUAUGGCACCACACUUAGCAUAGAUCCUAAUGAUCCGGUUUCGAUUCCGCGUUCUAGCAGUGCCGAGGCAACCACGCCAUAUUCAAGCAGCGGCGGCAGUACGAGCACCAGCAGCUUGCAUCAAAUAUAUUCGCCGCAAUAUCCGCGCAUAUCGCCAAAUAAUUUUGCCAAUACACCGGCGGGCGGCGCUAAACUGCCACUAGGCAAGUCGCCACUCAACAAAUCAAGUUUAGUUACCAACAAUCCGCUAUUGCAGUCACCUGCUAAGCAAGGCUACCAACAGAUCUCAGCCACCUAUGGUGUUAUACUGGGCAAGGGAAAUAGCAGUAAUAGCAGCAAUAGGUCGAAUAACAAAGGCAACAACAAUAAGACAGAAAAAGCCAACAAAUCUAGCGAAAAUAUUAAUAAAAAGGCUAAGGAAAGAAAAGAACAAGCUGCACAAAGCGCUACAGGCAGCAGCUUCCUCACAGCGAACAACAACAAUAGCAGCAAAAACAAAUACUAUCGCAUAUCGCAGCAGCAAGGUGGCAAGUUAAACAAAUUGCAAUCACCACGACCCAAAACCACCUCUAGUGAGAAAAUCUAUGAGGACAAGACGCGCAAGCUAAUUGGCAAUAUUGUCAACAAUCGGAGCAACAAUUCAGCUGGUCAUCGUCUGCCUGUCAAGGCUGCCAAGCAAGUAAAGGAGAGCAUCGCAGACUCACGCAUACCUAAGCUGUUUGAGCACUAUGAGAAGAUCCAAGCCAUAUUUCCCGAACUAGAGCCCUACGAGAGCAGUAGUCAGUCCAGAGCCAAGUCCACGAGCACUCAGCAAGCAGCACGUAAGCUAGGCAAGCAAUUCGAGGUGGAACUGUUUGUACCCACCUCGACCAAUAGCAACAGCAAGCAAGGCAAUACUAAAAAAUCGCCCUCAGCACCACCGCCACCAUCGCAGUCACUACCCCCAGUGAUGCCCGCUGGCGGCAGCAGUUUCCUACCUGAUCAGCGAAUACUCAAAAAGCAACAGCUACUGAUGGCUGCCGCAGGUGUUCUGACGCCCAACGAGGAUGCGGGCGAAAAAGAGAAUGAACAGAAGCGGACUAAUGCGCAAAUUACACAAUGGGAUAUGAUAUUAUAUGGCACUGAGACACCUGCCCAGCCCGAUGACCAUCCCCAAGCAAACCAGCAAGGCCAGUUCAGCUUGUACGGCAAUGAAAUGGCCCAUAAUGAUAUCGAACACGAUUCCAGCGGUCAAUGGCGCAAUAUGCAACAAGUAGGCGAAGUGGGCAUGUCACAGGAUCGCAGCAAUGCUGCAGCUUGCCUUAAGUGGAGUGAUCAGAAAUGUUUAGAUAUGGCCAGACCAGCCAAAUAGCUACAUACAUUUUAAUCAGCACAGAUUUCUUCCAUAUGUUAAUGUAUAACUUAUUACCAGAUUGCCGCAAUAAAAAUAUACAUAUAUACAUAUGUAUAUGUAUAAUCAUAGUACAUUUGUAUGUUCUUCACACAACAGUUUUAGAGUUCAUAGUAAAAGACUGUUUCUAAAGAUUCUGAAAUUUACCCUUACAUCCUAAUUAAAAUGACAACAAAUUAAAUGCGUAGCAAGGCAUCAUAUACCUAUACUAAAGGCAUAAAAGCUAUUCAUAAUAUGAACUUUUUAUAGCAAAUAACAGAAAUAAUAAUUAGCUAUUAAGAUGAGAUAGAAUGAGUGCGAAUUCCAGCAACAAAAUAAAGUCAAAAAUAUAUAUACAUACAUAUGCAUAUAUAUAGGGUGUACGGUACAUGUAAUAUAAGCAGCAAUAAAAUAAUAAAAACAAUAGGAUAAAAAAGCAUGAAAAAAAAACAAGUUAUGCGAAAAGUUCCUGCAGUUUUUAAAAAAGUUGCAUAUAACAAAAACACUUGAUAAAGUCAAUAUUAAGCAAAGAAAACAAUAUUAGAUAAAUUCUUCAAGAAACAUAGCAUAGAAUGUAUGUAUGUAUAUGUGACUAAUUUGAAAAUGUCGCGCACAGAUAAAGAAAAUCGAAGUAAGUAACCAACUUCUAGUCAUCAGUUUUUGUGCGUGUUAUUUUAAAAAGCCAACAGUAAUGCUUGAAAUAAAACAUCAAUGUUGUGUACAAAUAAUAAUAUACAAAUUUAUUUCCAUAUCAGUAAAAUGGAGUGUUUGAUUCUUUUACAAGCAUACAUAUCUUUGUUACUAAAUAUUUGUUUCAAAAUCAUUAUGUGAAGAAUUAUUUUUUUUGAUGAAAUGUAAACACA